GGUUCCGUUGAAAUUUUCUCCCCUGGUUCUGUUCUACUCAGACGAACCACCACUCUAUUGGAUAAAGUGUGCGUUGAAAAUGAAAGAAGGCGUGAGGAGAUGGGUAGUGGACAUAUCAAAGUGGGACCCACACCCCUCUCACUUCUCCUUCGCUCUCUCCCUCCUUCCUUUCCACGAGCACUCCUCGGUUACCAGGUUUGUUAAAAUGGAAGAUAGGAAACGUGCACUUGUUAGCCGCAUGCUUCAGUAUGUUCUUGUCCAUGAUGUGUUGCAAAUUCCAUUUCCUGACAUUGUCAUAAAACGAACUUUGGAAGGCAAACCCUAUUUGGAUUAUGAUAAAUUUGAUCUUAGAUUCCCAAAUUUUAAUUUCAAUGUAUCUCAUCAUGGUGACUAUGUGGCCAUAGCAUCUGAACCUGUAUGUCUUGUUGGGGUAGACAUUGUCUCCUAUGAUGUUCCACAGGGAGAAACAACUACAGAAUUCAUUCAAUUCUUCUCAUCAUACUUUUCAAGUCUGGAAUGGGAUAACAUAGUCAAUUCAGGCACUUUGAAUGAUGUAUUGACGGAAUUUUACAGGCAUUGGAGCCUUAAAGAAGCAUAUGUUAAAGCUAUAGGGAGUGGACUUACUGGAGGGCUGAAUAAAGUGGAAUUUUCUCACACAAGAUGGACAAAUAUAUCAGCUAAAGUGGAUGGGAAGACCAUGACAGAGUGGAGAUUUUGGUUGUUAGAACUCGGGGAUAGACAUUGUGUUUCAAUUGCGAGAGUUCACCCAAUAUCAGCUACUACUAGUUACAAAACAACAUUGAAGAAAGUGGACUUUACUGAAGAGGAAUAUACUCUAGGUCUUCAUCUUCCAAACGUAGGCAUUGUUAAACUAGAUGUAGAACAACUUAUUUCAAUUUUACAAAAAGCAUUUGAUUUUUAGCAUAGAGGUUAGAUGUUCGUGUAAAUCUAUGAAAAAAAAUUGUACAUGUCAAAGAAAAUAUUGUUAUUUUUACAGAUAAAUUCAGUAUAUCGAAAGAAAACACACCUCCACUUUCUCAAUCAAAAUAAGAUUUUCUGUAUUGUUAA